GUAGCAUUCAUAUGAUUUUAUUAAAGUGUAAUCCGCGGUUUCCAAUUUGUAAUAAAAUAGUUAAGUUGUUUUGACGAAUAAUUUUUAGUAUUGAAAAGUUACACUCUCUAGUACUAAGUGGACGUUUUUACCAUGAGCUUAAAGUGGAAGUUGACAAGUGUCUCCUGAGUGACAGGACCUGGGGUUUUAUCAUGUACAGUACAAGUCCUCGUGGUAAUAAGUGAUUAUAAAUAGCAUUCGUAUUUUAAUAGUAAUUUUUAUUAAAUUAAUAAAGUGACAGUGAGACAUUGGCUCAUUAAUUAUUAAAAUAAAUUAAUAAUAUCAGUGAAGUGUGACAUUUUAAGUUCAAGGCUUGACAGGCCCCGGGAGCUCGAGCUCUGAAGCUCCUGUGCAGCCUUGGGCCCACUGUUUUUUUGAUCAAUCAACAAUUAGGAACUGGGAACUAGUCAAAAAUUAAAAAGUUCAAAAGUGUAUAGUUAGAAAAAUACCAGACAGCCGGUUUUGAUAGAUGGACCACGGAGCGAUGGACAGUUCGUCUGAGCACAGUAGCCGUGCCAGUCCAGUUACCGGCAGUCCGAAACACCCCCACAGCCCGUCGGGCCAGCACUCACAGUCGCAGCAGCAUCUGAGUUCGCAGCACCAGCCACCACCGUCGCACCAGCUUCACCCGCGAGAUCUCCGCGACCACCAGCACCGACGUGUUCCGACUCCUGGGUCCCCGACUCGCGGGUCUCCGCCACAAGUCCAGCCUUUGAGCCCGCCGCCGUUGUCAGCGGGUGGAGGCCCAGGAAUACCUGGAAUGGUCCCGAGGAUGCCGGGACUCCCGCCACCGGAGCUGAGACUCCUGGGCCAGCUCGGCGGGAUGCUCAGCGGGCACCACGGCUCGCCCUUAGAAUUCAUGGCGGCUCAUCAUGGAGUCUUACCACCGAGGUCCUACAACAGCCCACCGCCGAUAAGCUCCAGUGACCCGACCGCCAACGAGUGCAAACUCGUUGAUUAUCGCGGACAGAAAGUCGCGGCAUUCAUUAUCGCGGGUGACACAAUGCUAUGCUUACCUCAGGCAUUUGAGCUCUUUCUCAAGCACUUGGUGGGUGGUCUCCACACUGUUUACACUAAACUCAAAAGACUCGAUAUUGUGCCGCUUGUGUGCAACGUCGAGCAAGUCAGGAUUCUAAGAGGACUCGGAGCUAUUCAGCCUGGUGUUAAUCGAUGCAAGUUGCUCAGCUGCAAGGACUUUGAUGUGCUCUACAGGGACUGCACCACCGCCAGGUAUGCAUCACCGUCAAGUAACAUUUUCUCUCUCGCUACAAACAAAAUUUCACAUAGAUGCUCCAGGCCCGGGAGACCGCCAAAGAGAGCAUCCAUGGGACUGAGUUUAGCGGCGAGUCAUCUUGCGGCUGCUGGACAUCCUCCUCUCAAGAAGCAUCGGCUCGACAAUGGGGACUACUACGAGAACGGUCAUCUCGACGAUUUCAUGUUUGCAGACGUUUCGCGACUGGAGAAGUCACCUCUGCUGGCGAACGGAUACAAUCAGCCGCCCACACACUUGAGUCACAUGCAGUACAUGCAGCUCGGAGGACAUCCAGGUGCUGGACACACGGCUAUUCUCUCGCCUGCGAGCCUUCCGCACCAUCUACAGGCACAGGUGCAGGCGCGUGUUGAACAAGGACUUAAAGUCAACCCGAACAUGACCAACAUGGAAGCUCUGGCAAGAUCGGGUGUAUGGGAAAACUGCCGAGCUGCCUACGAAGACAUCGUCAAGCAUCUCGAAAGGCUGAGAGAGGAGCGAGGAGAGGCUGACCGAGCGCUGGCGUUGGAUCACAAACCGAGGGAUCUCAGCUCCCACAAUGGCUCGUCGAAUGGGCACAGCCCGGUGCUGAAUCUUUCGAAAACCGCGGGAAGUGGCAGCAUUGGCGAGCCAUCUGGCAGCGAGGGCGCGGCUUCACAUCGCUCACACGAUGACGAAGAUGAGGACGACAAUUUGUCUGAUGACCUGGAGGACGACAACGAGAAAGAUGAAGAUCUCUCAGAUGUCCCAGAAAAUCUUCCGCUGCCACCCCCAGGUUCAGAGAGUCCUCCCCAGGCGUUGAACUACUCCCAAAUAGCCUCUGCAGCGGUAGCAGUGUCGCAAGGGGCGCAAGACCCCUCGGUUUCGAGCACGGAAACCCUCCUGAGGAAUAUCCAGGGCCUGCUGAAGGUCGCCGCGGACAAUGCACGCCAGCAGGAGCGACAAAUAAACUACGAGAAAGCCGAGCUGAAGAUGGAUGUACUCAGAGAAAGAGAAGUCAAGGACAGCCUCGAUCGACAGCUGCAGGAUGAGCAGAAGACUAGAAUAUUGUAUCAAAAGCGACUGAAGAAAGAGCGACGGGCGCGAAAGCGGCUCCAAGAGCAGCUCGACCUGGAGGUCAAAAGACGCACUCAGUUGGAAGAAGCUCUCAAGGCCACGGGAGCGACGCCAGAACAAGUCAGGGCGAUAGCUGAAAAUGUAACACCAGAAACCCGUACAAAAACGGAACCAUGCGACGAAAUGCCAGCACACUCGCAGUCCCAGUCAUCGUCAUCCCAACAGCAACCUCAGCAAUCCCAGUCCCAAUCCUCUCAGCAGUCGCAUCAGCAGCCCCCGCAACAACAGGCCCAAUAUCGGGAGUCCCAGGUUCCGCGUCCACCUCAGCAACCCACGACGCCAGAUGCAAUAAAGCCGGGUUGGGGUUACGGGCUUGAUUUGAUUGGUGGCCAGGCUUCUGCAUUUUGGCAAAAUUAUCAAGAAUCACUCGCCCAAGAGCUGGAGCAAGAGAGAAAAUCACGACAACAUCAAGCUACUGAAAGGGAUCAAGUCAAAUCUCCCCUUCAAGAAUCCCGAACGGGUUACUACAAAAACUCCGUUCUCUUCACAAGUGCGACCUAGAAGCGAAGAUUAGAAGAAGACGCGCCCCAAAGAUUCAGCACCAGCCAUUGAAAGUGGACGCGCCCUCUUGUGAAAAAGGAACAAACCCGUGAAAAUCGUCCCUCUAGCGGAGAUCAGCGAUAAUCUUUCCAGAGUAACCUAUGGAAUGUCAAACUGUAAAUUAUAUAUAAAACAGCUACUAGUUAUUAAUUAAUAAAUUAAUUAAUUAAAUGAUACAAUAUUGAGAUUGUUGUGAAACGUAAACAAGUAUAAUUAAAAGUAAGCUAAGUAAUAAUAAUAACUUUUAAUAUUUAACUAAAAAAUACAUGUAUAAAUGAAUUAGCGGACGCUAAUUACAUAUCAACGAUUGUGCAUUUUAUGCAGGGUCAUAUCGUUCGCUACUAAAAUUAUUAUAUUAUCAUUGGAGUGAUAAAUGGUAAACUGUAAGCGAAAGAGCGCAAUGACACUGACAAGGAUUUAUAAAAUUAUUAUUAUUUAUAAAGACUGCUUGUGAAUGUGUGAGUGCAUGUUCUCGUAAUUUUAAGGGUGACUAUUAUUAAUAAUUAAUAAUGAAUAAUAAAUAAUAAAUAAUAAUUAAAUAAAUAAAUAUCAAUAUCGACGAGCGAGUAGAUAAUUUUCAAGUCCGUAAUCGGCGAAUGCUAGUCGACCUCGUUCCUCCUUGCGUUUUAUAUUUUAGUUUAAAAAGUAAUUAUUUUCGUAGUGGGUAGCGGAGAAACGAGCGAUCGAGAAAUCGUCUGGCCGAGCGGGGAGGUGUCACGAAUAAUUAUUUAAAUCCUUAAAUAAUAACGAUGAUUUUUCAGACGCAUUGAUUCUCGGAAGGAAUGGAAGAGUAGUUGGAGUUUAAAGUAUAAAUAAAUAAAUAAUGAAACCUGUAUCAUACGUAGAGAAAUAAAAUCAUAAACUGUAGCCUCUUCUCUAACACUUCUAUUUAUAUAAAUAAAAAUAAAAAUAAAUAUUUAGCUGUACCGACAAUUGAUUUUAAUCAUACAUUGUACGAGUAUAUAAUAUUAACGCUCACGAAGUGAAAUACUUUAGUCUUCUUCCGGUGAGUGCAAUCCUGGAAAUUAAAAUUCAUAAUAGUUAUUAACUAUUAAUUAUUAAUUAAUUCGGUGAUUUAAAAGGAUACUAAGUCUUUCUCUUCGAAGUAAAUAUCUGUAAGAUUGUACAGUCUUUUACCUUAAGAUCCUUGUGUUGUAAAGUUGACGUAAUCGUAGCGUCUAGGUAGAGACUAAGUCUAUUAAAAAUAAACAAUUAAAUAAAUAAAAUAAAAUAAUAAUAAAUAAAUAAAUAAAUUGAUUGUAGUGCCGAUAAUCUAAUCAGUAAAAUUCUCUAUCGACCAAUUAUUUGUCCUGACUCUUCAAUGAUUUAAUAUAAUUGAUUAUAAUAAUUAUUAUUGAUAAAUAAUUAAAUUAUUGAAUGUCAGAGAAAAUUGACGUUUUUUUUCUUGUGGAACACUGUAAAAAAUUGGAGAAGAAUGGCAGCAAAUCUUUAUUACUGAGAGUAGAAGUUGAAUUUAACCUCCGUAAAUUUUUUACAGUGUAGUACCAGUAAGAUGUAUGGUUAUUAUUGAGGUAAUGAAUAUUAUUGAUUAUUGAUAAAUAUUAUUAUUAUUUUGUAAUUUGUUCUGAUGACUCAUUGGACUAUAAACAAUCUAAUAUCGAGGCUAGAAGUGUAUUCAUGUAAUUCAGCAUUACUACGUAUGAAUAAAUAGUUGUUAUUGUAAAAA